AUGAACUUGCCUUGAAUAAUAUUGUAAUCAAUAAUCAGUAUCUGGUGUUUUACAUUGAUAACAAUGCUUUGUAAAAUAUUUUUAUUUGCAUUGUUCCUUGCAGUGGUAGUGGCACAAGUACCUGACCCUGAUGAAACAGCCGAAGAAGCAUGGCCAAAAUACAAGGAAAAGUUUAAUAAGUCGUAUGACGAAGCUGAAGAUGCCAUGCGGUUUGCUCUAUUUAAAGAAAGAUUCUACAAAAUUAUAGAGCACAACAAAAAGUACGAUGCUGGGGAAGUAUCAUGGAGAGAGGGAUUAAACGAAUUUACUGACUGGACAGAAGAACAACGGGAAAACCUGGAGGGUCUCUUACCGCCUGUUGAAAAAGAUGCUGUAUAAAAGUACAUUUAGUUAAAAGUACAAAAAUUAUGACUAAAACCUUGAUAAGUAUUAAGUAAAGUGAUUAUUCGGCAA